AGCGGUGCUACCCACUGUGAACAGCCACAGCCACAACAAAGCAUACGGGGAAGGUGAUUCCUCUCAAACCUUUUGGAAAGGCCUUUUUCUUCUCUCUCUAAAUAGAAAAGAGGGCACUGCGCAUCGAAGAAGCAAUGUUUAGUUGGUUCACGGGAGGGGAUGACAAGCCAAAGAUAAACGAGCUGCAGAGCCCCGGCUUUCAUCCCAUUGUCCUCCCUCCCUCCAACGCUGCGCAGACCAGUCCGUACACAGCACCGACCGUCACGAAGGUGAACUCGUCGCCUUCACCACCCAUCACCCUCGCACAACCUUCUGCUGCUGCUGCGAGUUCUGUGACCCCUAUCUCACGUGCAUCCGAGGCGGUGAACUCCGAAGACGCACCUGCGGACAUUGCGCCUUCGUCUUUCCUGUUUAGCGGGAUGGAAGUGGGCAAAGGACGCCGUCGACGCCCACUCGUGCCCUCGCUGAGUACCAACAGUGCAACGCCCCACGCUGACGAACUGAUCCAUAAAUCCGGUCCUUCUGCCGCUGCUGCUCCUGCUCACGCUGCCACUCCCAGUGAAGAGCAUCACAAAGCUGCGGAAUCCUCUUCGACCUCCCCAGCGGAACUGCGUGAGCGGCUGGACAACUUCUACCGGCUCUACAACCCAGCCAAACUGGCCCAUGUGGAGAUGAUUAUGGAGGCCUACGAGGGACGAGAGGCGCAGCUCUUUCAGGAGUUGGUGCAGCGGUACGGACCGGAGCCGGUGGGGCUGUCGGCGUCGAACGUGCACUCGCUGCCCGCGGUGACGCCACCACGCACGGCGAGCGAGUCGGCGGCUUCUGCGUUUCGCUUCAUUAGUGCGACAGCGGAGGCGGAGGUGGCGGCGUGGGCAGCCGCUCCUCUAACAAACGAAGAGAGAGAGAAGCCGAAUGGGCGUGCGGCAACACCGCCCGUCUGCGCUGCUCUGCGGCUGUCGUCGUCCUCAACUGGUCAAGAGGACGCCGCAGAAGUUGCACAGGAGAGUCAGAGGACCACAACGGUGUCCUCGUCUCCUUCUCCAGCCGCGGUGGAACCUGCAGACCCACAGCAACAGCAAGGGGAGAGAACUUCAGUUGCACAACGGCCCGCUCCUCCGUCACCCACCUCGUCGUCCGCCGCCACAACAACAGCAGGGGAAGAGGCAGAGGAAAAAGAAACGCCAAGUGACCGCCACCGACGCGAACUACGAGUCAGCCAAGGCGUCCUGCUAGAGGCGCGUGCCGCCCUCGCGACCCUCCUCCUUGAGGCGCAACACGCACUGCAGCAGCGCCAGGAGAAGGUCGCCCAUAUCCACGGCGUGGAGUCGCAGAUUCAGGAGUGUGUGCGCGCUGAGCGUUACCGCGAGGCGGAUGUGCUCUCAGGUGACGUGAAGACCACCGCGCAUGAAGUGCAGAGGUGCGACGAGGUGUGGGUCGGGCUUGGCCGGCGCGUCACAGGUGCGCAGCGACAACUCGAGGAGGCGGUACGCGGUGUCGCGUCGCUGCUGCGUGCACAGGAGGCAGAACUGCAGAGCGACGAGGAAAGGGAGCGGGCGCGUGUGCAGGCGCAGCAGCACCGCGACGACUCCGACUUGCGGCUGCGCGAGGAGACGGUGGAGGUGCGCAAGGAGAAUCUCACGUUGAAGAAGUCGGCCGCCGAGGCGCGUCUGCGGGCGGCGCGUGCUGGCGAGGCAGACUUGCAGAAGCGAGUGGAUGCGACGCUCAGCGCUACACGCGCCCAACAGGAGAGUCUCACAAAGGAAGUUGGCGAGCUGGACAGCCAAAUCGAGGACUUAAAGGCACAGCUGCGCCAGCUGGAGGCGAGGCGAGCCGCUGCCCGUGCACAGCUGUCGGCGGUAGAUGAGAAACUGCAAACCGCCAAAGCGGCCCACACAGGCGAGCUCGACGCUGCCGCGGCAGCUGUGGAAAGCGGCGAACGGGAGGUGCAGCGCGUACGUCAGCAGUGGAGCGAUGUGGAGGCGGAGGCGGCACGCAUCGCUGCGGAGCGGGCGGGGCGCGAGGCCGCCACGGCGGAGCUGCAGAGGGAGCUGACGAAGCGCCGAGAGGAGCGGGAGGCGGUGCAUCAGCGCACACGUGCACUGGAGCAGGACACGAUCCCCGCCUCGGACCGCUACUGGAAGUCGUGGCAGGACCUCCUGGCCAUGCGACUGCGCGGCGCCGACGUGCUCUUUGAGAUCCCGGCGGCGUCAUACCCGGAUGAACGCCUCAAAGACACACCCUCCGCCUUGGCCAAGAGGAUGAAUCUGUUAACACAGCUGGACGCGUUGACGAGCGAGCUGGACGCGGAGGAGGAGCUGCGGCGGGAUGCGCAGCGCCGCCUGGAGGUGUGUGAGGCGCGUGUGGCCCCGCUGUGCGCCGCCAAGUCCGCCGCCGUGGCCAGCAAGAAUUUCAAAGAAGCGCAGCACUGUGCUGAUGAGCUGAGGGUGGUCCAGCAGAGCAUAGAGGGCUGCCGGGACGACGUGGAGCUCUACGGAGGGCAGGUGCGAGCGCUAGAGCGGACGAUGCGGCGCCUUCGCAGCGAUCUGGCCACCGUAGAGGCCGAGACGCGGCGCUACGCGUCAGACUUCCGGCGUGACUACGGCGCUGCGGUGGAGGAUUUUGCUGCGACGGCCGCCAACACGCCCGACUACGUGCAGCUGCCAAAGGAGAGCCAAGGCGCCGAUGAACUGGCCGAGGCUGUCCAUGGACUUUGGGGUGCGCUUCGACAGGAGUGGCUGCACGUUCGCGAGAGCAGCACAGCCGCCGCAGCGCCGGACGGAGCGGUAGGGGAGGCAGCUGCCGCGCAGACCUCUUCUCCUCCAGUGCCGUCACCAGCGAGCAGCACGACGGAGGCUGCUGCCGCCACAUCGACAACAGACGACGUACCAAACGAUUCGCUGCCGUCUGCGGAGGAGGAGGAGCUGCGGCGUCGCCUGGAGGAACUGCAGCGUCAGCUGGAAGCGGCAAUCGCGCGGGAGGCCUUCGAUGAAUGCGACGUCAUCCAGCGAGGAAUCGAUCAGCUAGAGGCGAACCUAGCACCAGCGGCUCCGUCGUCGUGA